CGGUGAAUCCUACGUUUCCCACGUUACCCUGCGCGCACACGGAAGUGCGUCAUCACCCGUGACCUUGGCCCUCCUCUUCACUGGGUUUUCUAACAGGCGGAGCGGACGAACAUGGCGAAUAAAGACCCGGGUGGCUUUUUGCAGCAGCUGCGGCAGAUAGCGGGCAGGAUGUCAUCAGGACCUCGGGGUGCCGGACUCGGUGUCAAGCUGCUGAUCGGUGCCGGAGCUCUGGCUUACGGGAUUAAGGAAGCCACGUACACAGUUGAAGGAGGACAGAGGGCGAUCAUCUUCAACAGGAUUGGAGGGAUGCAGAUGGACACGGUACUCACUGAGGGACUCCACUUCAGGAUACCAUGGUUCCAGUAUCCCAUCAUCUACGACAUCCGAGCCAGACCCAGAAAGAUCUCCUCUCUCACCGGGAGCAAAGACCUUCAGAUGGUGAGCGUCACACUGCGAGUCCUGUCCCGGCCGCUGGCGUCCAACCUGCCCUUCCUCUACCAGCACCUGGGACAAGACUACGACGAGCGCGUCCUGCCCUCCAUCGUCAACGAGGUGCUGAAGAGCGUGGUGGCGAAAUUCAACGCCUCGCAGCUCAUCACACAGCGAGCGCAGGUUUCCCUGCUGAUCCGCAGGGAGCUGUUUGAGCGGGCGAAAGACUUCAACAUCAUCCUGGACGACGUGGCCAUCACCGAGCUCAGCUUCAGUCGAGAGUACACCGCCGCUGUGGAGGCCAAGCAAGUCGCCCAGCAGGAGGCGCAGCGCGCUCAGUUUUAUGUGGAGAAGGCCAAACAGGACCAGAGACAGAAGAUCAUCCAGGCUGAAGGAGAAGCCGAGGCUGCCAAGAUGCUGGGCGAGGCUGUGACAAAGAACCCAGGCUACCUGAAACUCAGGAAGAUCCGGGCGGCGCAGACCAUCGCCAAGACGGUGGCGCAGUCCCAAAACAAAGUCUACCUGAAUGCUGACAGCCUGGUGCUCAACCUGCAGGACAGCGAGAAGUUCGACUUGUCGCUGAUGAAGUAAGAGGACAUCUCGUCGUCGGUUUGUCAUCAUUCCUUCAGUUCUGCUCUGACAGAAAGAGCAUCCCUCCGGUCUUCUCCUAGCACUCUGCAUCUCUCACUUCUGGGCCGUUGUUGACUCUACAUCAGGUCUUCACUCUGAUCCAGGUUUAUCUGUGAAUCAGUCCCUUUACAGGCCAGAAAAGCCGACUGUAAUCUGUGGAUUAUGCCAGCAGCUGGAUGGUUUUAUUUCGGAAGGUUCCUCCGUUGGUGGUAAAAGGCUGAUUCUCCAGUUUGGUUCUGUUCCUCUUUUAUCAUCAGCUGUGGACGUUUACGGCCUUUUUGUUUUUGCUUUUUCAGAAUCAGAAAAACCUUUUUAAUAGCGACUAAGUAGCUCCACACUAAGAAAAUCUGCCGCUCCCUGGUUUCUCCCUCUCCAGACGUCCACCAGACAAGCUGAGCUGUUUACACUGAGAAGUCAAGCAAGGUCACGUUAAACCACUCAACCUUGAAAGAUUAUUUACGUACGUAAAGAUUUUUCAAAUGGGUGCACCUAGCUUCAUCAGUCCACCGUUCAUCCCCUCAGGGAUUUGGAAGUACUGGAGUUUAAUUAAUGAAAUAAGAUGCAGGACAUUUACAGGAUUUAUUCAAUGAAAGAAGAAAAGAAAGGACCAGUUGAGUAAAUAAAAUAUGAAAAAUCAGACUUUUACCAACACCAGAGGAACCUUCUUAUAGGGUCCGUUCUCCAGAAUCACAAAAAAUAAACAUUAACAUUACUGGUAUCUCACGUCUUCAUUCUUGAAAUGGUAUGACCUUUUUUUCCCCCCACUAAAUCUCAGAUGUUUUUUUCCACACCAACACUGGCCUGGAUACUAAUAAGUGCAUAUUCUGUCCAUGCAGAUAGUUGUGGGUUUGUUUGCGGAGGUUUUGAGAAAUCUGCUGCUGAGAUUUCUGCUCCGACGGCGAUACAAUAGAAGAAAGUAGCAGGGCUGCAACUACGACAGUUUCCUAAUUUAAUCUAGUGAUUAUUUUGUGUGUGAAUUUAAUUGUUUCUUUAUAAAAUGUCCAAACACAGUGAAAAGUGUCUGUUAGAAGUUUGCAGGGACCAAUCAGUUACGUGUCUACAUGCUUCAGCUCUAGAAAUAUCUUUGUGAAACUUAUCUUUCCAAAAACAAGACCUGACGUUGAAAACAAGUGCUUUCACCUCUGAUUAAAAUCAAAAGCCAUCUGCAUGGACAGACAUCACUUGCAGCAGGCCAGAAAAUGUUUUUGUGAUUUGGGUGAACUGACAAUUUAUGCAGUGAACAAAGUGUGUAACUAAACGGGGCCUGGUUUCCUGAAGGGAAGAUUUAACCUGGAAACCUGUCAAUGUACAUAUUAGCAGUCCGGGGAGAAGCAGAGCAGCAGCCGGACUCGAUCAUGUCCGUGUGUUGACGCUUCUGACUGGUUGGACUUUUCAACUGUUUUAUUAUUCCUGCUGAGGACGCCUCUGUCAGCGCUCGGACUCUAAUGGACUCACACACGCAUCAUUUCGGAUUCGUCCCCCAGUCUCGUAGCCACGCCGCCGCCCCUUUAAACACCGACUUUGAUGCGUUUGCCGUGGUGUCACUGAGCUUUUCAACCACGUGCCUUUGAGCCUUUUAUCACGUCCUCUCCGGCUGUCGGUUUGUGACGGCGCACGCUGCUCGGUGUGAUGUGACUCGUGACUAAACGGCGACAGAAGUUUAGAGAAGGGAAAUUACCUUCUAACUCAUCUCUUUUGUGCAGAGUUGAGGAUGUAAGACCGGGGACACAUUUGAAAUUGUAACAUUUAAUUUUUGUCAUUAAAGAAAAAAGAAAAUUG